AUGUCGCGCCACCAACCCAUGAGCAUGGAGGCCAUGCUGGACGAGGAGAGAAGAGAUGUGCUGGCCCUGCUCGAGGGUAAUGCCGCCCGACCCAGCUACUCUCCCGUCUCUGCACGCUCGCCCUCGCCCUAUACCUCCCCUCGCUCCCCCGUGAGGAGCAUGCUGGACAUUGGCGAUAGCACCGCGAAAAAGAGCCCAGCCAGGACCAACGUAGUCCCGAUGCGCAGCAUGCUGGAUAUCGACGUUCCUCCAGCCCCAGUUAGGAGCAUGCUGGAUAUCGACACCUCUGCCCCCAAACAGGCCGCCAGCGCUGGCCCCAGCUCUCCCGUAGAGUCUCGCGCACCUCAUCCAAGGACGUUUUCCGACUCUCACUCAGGCCCAAAGCCCAACUUCGGCCCGCGCGCUCCCAUCAACCGCCUGGAUCCCACAGACUACCAGUUCUCCGAUAUUGCUACUAACAACAUCGGACAAGCCAUGCCGAAGCGCAACACGCAAGCUGGCAAGAAGCCCUCCGCCAUGGCCGAUGUCAUGCGAGGCAACGAGAUACCCGGUAUCGUCCUGCCGGGAGACAGGGCCCGACACGGCUCUAUCGCCUCCAACCCCGUUCCCAGAAACGCUAGAAGCUCGAGUAGGGGCCACAACAGCAAGUCCAAGUCUCCUCACGGCAGAUUUGGCAUGCGUUCCCCGUCUCCCAACGUCAGUGGUCGCUUCCAGCAGAUCCCAGGAACUGCCGUGCUGGACGAUGGCCGCGUUGUGGACAUUUCCACCGCCUAUCGCAAACUCUCCGAUGCCAACCUGGCCUUCUCGGGCGGCAACUUGGGAGAGCUGGCCAUGCGUAAAAAGUCCAACGCCGUCGAUCGAAACGGAGGUCGAUUGGUCAAAGACUAUCUUAGCCCUGACGGAGAAGAGAUUGAGGAGAGCAGCGAUGAUGAGAACAGCUACUCGGACGAAGAACAGAGAGGUCGUAAGAUGGCCCCGCGCGCCGACGACAGCGCCAGCAAGUCUCCCGCUGGUGAAAAAGGCGAGCGCAAGACUUUGAGUUUGUUGGCGGCCGCGGAGGAAGAGCGCAUCGAAGUUAGUUCCCAGCGGCCACAGUAUCAGUACAAGUCACUGCUGGACGACCCGCAAAUCACUCUCACGACCCCCACAGGCGAGAAGACGAAACCGUCUAAGCCCAGCGUGCAUCCCACCACGGCAUUCGACCAGGGCCCCGGGUCAGGCCCGGCUUCAGCUGUCAACUCUGAUGACGAGGAGGCGCUCACGGAUAUCAAGCGGGCACAGAGAUUAGCCUUCCGGUAUCAGGAGGUCCGAAAUCAGAGCGAGCAUUCCAGGACGCUUCUCACCUUCUACCGCGGAGAGUGGGACAACAUCCAGAAGAACGCCGAGGAGGAGCAUCAUAGGUUGAGAAAGUACCUUGUGGCGACUGACCUCAGCGACGAGUCGACUCAUGCCCUGGAAUGGGCCAUCGGCACGGUGCUUCGAGAUGGCGACACCCUCAUUUGCAUGUACUGCGUGGAUGAGGAGACUGGCAUUUAUUCGACGGACGGGGUAAUGGUGCCGGACGACCCCAAGGCGCAUAAGGAGCAGGCCGCCGCCAUCAACGCUGUUUCGAACUCGAGGACGCCGCCGCCAACGUCGUCUGCUCCGUCGUUCCCGUCUAUCACCCGUGCUUCGGCGUUGAGCAGUGAAUCGCGUAACACGCCGUCCCCGGCGCCGUCCAGUCGGGAGCGUGACCGAGCGGAGGAGGAGAGAUAUCGGGCCGUCAACGACAUCACGGAGCGGGUGACGAAGCUCCUGCGCAAGACUAGACUUCAGGUGCGGGUGAUUGUGGAGGUCCUGCACUGCAAGAACCCCAAACACCUGAUUACCGAGAUCAUCGACCUGGUCAACCCUACUCUGGUGAUUCUGGGUAGCCGUGGACGCAGUGCACUGAAGGGCGUCAUCUUAGGAUCGUUCUCGAACUACCUAGUGACCAAGAGCUCUGUUCCUGUCAUGGUUGCUCGCAAACGCUUGCGGAAACAGAGCAAGUACAAGAGACCAGUAAAACAGGUCAACAUGAUUCACACUCCGGGAGCGAAAAGCCUAGCCAACGCGAAGGUUGACUAG